AUGAGUGAUACCUUGGGAUGGGUCUUUUACCCGCGAUACUGCUUCCACCUGGCGCCGACUGCCAAUGCAUGGUGCUUCCUUCGGAUCCAGGACCUGAUGAUGCUACAAGAGCGAGAUGGCUUCCAGGGUGAGAACUUGUUUUUCCACCGCAAUCUGCCCCUGAAAUGGGUUCGCAUUGUCGGUGUCGUUGUCGCCGUGGACGAUUUCGCCGGUCUCCGGGCGUACACGAUUGACGACAGCAGCGGCGCGUGCACAGAGGCCAUUGUCUCUCUGGCGAUGCCGAAAGCUGUCGCGCCUGCAAACGAGCUGCCGGGAGCGCCGGCGCCGGCGCCGUCUACGCCCUACGAGCACGUUGACGUGGGCUCCGUCGUCGACGUCAAAGGGGCGCUGACCACAUUUCGCGACGCCAAGCAGCUCAAGGUGGAGAAGAUGAUUGAACUACGCAGCACGGCUGAUGAGGUAAGGCUCUGGGCCAAGAGGAGCGCCUUUCGGCGGGACGUGCUGGAGAAGCCCUGGGUCGUGCCGGACAAGAUGAUCCGCAAGUGCCGCAGAGACGCAGAACGGACCGAGGCCGAGGACGAGAAGAAGAGGAAGCGCCUGCAGGCUGCUGUGCGUAAGUCGGGCAAGGCGGAUGGGGCGCAGAGGAGACGGCCCGUCGUGGACGAGAGAGACGAGAGAGACGAGAGCGACGGGCAGGGCAAGCGGACAGGAAGACGUGGAGAGGAGGAUCUCAAGGCUCUGGCAAGCUUCAAUGGCGGGUACAGUGCUCUGGGGCUUUGA